AUGAAAAUGAGUAAUUACGAAAACAUGAACAUGCUCGUCAAAAGCGAAGGGCCUGUGCGGAACGGCCUCUUGUCGCUGCCCAUAGAGGUGGUGGAGAUGAUCGUGCAGCAGCUGACCGCGAGCCCCAAAACCACAGUGGUCGACUACUAUCACCUGCUCCAGGCGCUGGGCGAGACCAACGGCCCCGUCGCCGCGCUCCUGCGGAGCAAAAUCGCGGUGCGUGACCUGACACGUGGCCGGUGCGAUCUCGCGAAAGUGCUGGGCGGCUCGAAAGGGUCCAUAAAGGGAGAUGACACAAUCCCGUCGCAAACGAGCUUCUACGUGGUCGCGAUCGACGAAGACGCCCUGGAGCUGGCGCCAGGCGCCACGGCCCUGCCAGCGCCCUACGGCGACAUCCAGCUGUCGCUGGUGUUCCAUUCUGACAGGCAGGUUCCUUUGACGGAGAUCCACGAGAAAUUCCGCAGGCGUUUUCCGCAGGAUUGCUACAGGGUGCAGCAUCUUAUAGUGACAAGCAGCAGGUGUCAGACGUUGGAGUUCCGGGCGAACGACGGGAACCUGCUCGACACGCGUUUGUACAGCGAGAGAGAUCCCAUGUUUGCGCAGGUGACUUACCUAAAUGCAUCAAGGAUAGUUAUUGCUGCGACGGCUUUGACGGAGUUCAUCUCCGGGGUCGCCAGAGGCACGAAAACGAGCAUGCCCGAGCUAUGCUAUGGCUGCAAUUCACACCUGGCCAAUACUCUGAAGAUCCACAGCAUGCUCGAGCCGCCCCUGCCCAUGGUUACACGCGUGCCUGUAAAUUUCCCGUUGGUGGAGUCGGUCGCCUUUUCCGGAAGCGACGGGAGCCCCGGCAGCCUCAACGUCAUCGAUCUCUACGCGUUUUGCCGAAUCCGCGAGCAGGACGCGAAGCUCACUCUCAACUCGCUCUUGAGCGUUUACUCUCUCCGCCACUGGAACCUGCCCUCCGUCAAGCGCUUCACCGGCCACAGGCUCAAGCUCAGCGACGGGAGCAGCGACGUCCACCAACGCUCGCGGUCCGCGCGCGAAACCAUAACCCGCAUCCGCACGAUAGCGCAGCAAGAAAGCCCCGACGGGCUUCUCCACGUCAACGCCCAGCUCGUGCCUGACGGCGUUGUCCACACAACGAUCGAGAACUGGAUUCCCAUGGAAGCCAAAUUCGGCGGGAGGGCCGGCCGGGACUGCUCUCCCCUCAUCUGCUUCCGCAACUCCUCGUUGAAAUCCCUGAGGCUAGGCCUGGCCAUGAAGCCCGAAGGCACGCUCGUCGUCGAGGGUUUGUACCUGCCGAGCCUGGAGAAACUGGAUGUCACAUCGUACUCCGACGACACGCCCAGAAAUGAGGUCAGACUGCCGUCCUAUAGCAUAACGUUCUCUGCAUGGAACGACCUGGACAAGUGUCGCGGCCUCGGCUUCUCGUCGGCGGAAUUCAACGGCCACAGCAUUGUUCAGAACUUGAAUUUGAAGCAGGUAUUCCCCCGCCUGGACGUGGCCAAUACGUUCCGGCAAAAAUUCAGCAGCAGCUCCGUCCUCGCAGUCUAG